UGACGUCACUGUUCGAACACUAUAAAAGGCUCAGCAGCACGAAAAACUUCAGUCGUCAACGGAUCUUCGCAGCGACAAGAUGUGUGCAGUUCGAGGGAUACUAGGAGGAGCCAGCAUUGCAGCUCUAGCUAUAGCAGCCGGUGGAUCGCUUUACUACCUGUACCGAUCCAGAACACAGAAGCCGACGACAACGGAGGAGACUACGGUCACUCCAGUGGAAGGAGACCCGGAAACGGUGGAGGAGAGGCAGGCUGAGCCGAUGGUUGAACCUGUACUCUCCGAGACUGUGAUGGAGUUGGUAGAGGAAGAUGGAGGAGUUGACUGCCCCAAGGAAGAAGAUCAGGUCACUCUCAUUAUGGAUGAGGCACCAGAAGCUCUCAGCCUGCUACAGGUCACUGACUUAACAGAGUCAGAGGAAUCUGAGGUGACCCUUAAUACAGAGCUUUGUGAGAGUGUGGUGGAAACACUGGUGGAAGAUGGAGGAGUUGACUGCCCACAAGAGGAAGAUCAGACCACUCUCAUCAUGGAUGAGGCACCAGAAGCUCUCAGCCUGCUACAGGUCACUGACUUAACAAAGUCAGAGGAAGCUGAGGUGACCCUUAAUACAGAGCUUUGUGAGAGUGUGGUGGAAACACUGGUGGAAGAUGGAGGAGUUGACUGCCCACAAGAGGAAGAUCAGGCCACUCUCAUCAUGGAUGGGGCAUUAGAAGCUGCCAGCCUGCUACAGGUCACUGAGUUAACAGAGUCAGAGGAAGCUGAGGUGACCCUUAAUACAGAGCUUUGUGAGAGUGUGGUGGAAACACUGGUGGAAGAUGGAGGAGUUGACUGCCCACAAGAGGAAGAUCAGGCCACUCUCAUCAUGGAUGGGGCAUUAGAAGCUGCCAGCCUGCUACAGGUCACUGAGUUAACAGAGUCAGAGGAAGCUGAGGUGACCCUUAAUACAGAGCUUUGUGAGAGUGUGGUGGAAACACUGGAGGAAGAUGGAGGAGUUGACUGCCCACAAGAGGAAGAUCAGACCACUUUCAUCAUGGAUGAGGCACCAGAAGCUCCCAGCCUGCUACUGGGCACUCACCCAGCAGAGACUAAGGAAGCCGAGACGGAGGCUGAAUGCAGACCCGAAGCUGAAUACAAAAAGAAGCAGAAGAUACGAGGGAGACGAGGAAGAUCACGAAAACUACGAAGACUAGGAAGACUACGAAGACGAGGAAGACUAGGAAAACGAGGAAGGAGGCUGUAUAAGUAGGACAGUGUAGGAUUAAGUGGUUUUGUGUCAACGCAAAUUAGAAAUAAAUCUGCAUAAA